AUGGAAGGAAGGAGUGGUUGUGAACUUGUUAACAAUGGAGGCAAGACUAACCCAGGAAACUACAGGGGGAUCACACUGUUGAACACAGUAGGAUACGUGCUCUGUUUCCGCAAGAAGAGGGGGUGCGUAGACCACGUGUUCACGGUAGGGAGAAUCAUCCAAGGUAGAAAGAGGGCGGGAAAGCCGACGUACUGCUUCUUCCUGGACGUGAAAAAGGCAUACGACACCGUGUGGAGAAAUGGGUUGUGGAAACAACUGUCCAAAUACGGGAUCAAGGGGAAAAUGUGGAGAGUGCUGAAGAAGAUGACAGAGUGUACGAAAAGCGCGGUCAUGCUAGACGGAGAACUGUCAAAAUUCUUCGACAUUGAGCAGGGGGUCCCACAAGGUUGCACGCUGUCCCCAACAUUGUUCCAGGUGUUCAUCAACGAUCUGUUGGAAGUCGUAGAGGCAGUCCGGAAGGGAGUAAAAGUAGGGGACACGGAAACGUCGGUUUCAGGAAUGCUGUUUGCGGAUGAUUUUGUCGGUAUGUCGGACACCCCUGAGGGACUGCAACUGCAAAUUGACGCGGCGAAGAAGUUUACUGAUAAGUGGAGAUUGUCUGCCAACGUUCAGAAGAGUGCCGUCAUGGUAUGCAACGAGAACAAGGAGGAACCAGUAGAACAUAGAUGGAAGUGGGGGAUCGAGGAGAUUGCAGUAGUGGACCAGUACACAUACCUCGGAGUAGAGAUCGCAAAAGACUGCUCGUGGAAUGCACACAUGUCCAAGGUAGCGGAAAAGGGCAAAGCACGAGCAGGGAAGCUGCACCCAAUACUCGCAAACCGGCACCUCGAUACACGCAUCAAAUUGACGGUUUUGAAGAGCGUAAUCGUACCGCCGCUAGAGUACGCCGGAGAGAUGAAAGCAGCGAAAAUCAUGCUAGGAUGCUCCAAGCGCACAAGUAAUGC